GGCGUUCCCAGACCGUAAACAACUGCGCAUGCUCGGCUCGGCUUCCACCAAAUUGGAAAAAUAUGGCGGCGCUGUUGACAACAGUAACAGAGCAGUGGAUACGAGAGAAGCUACAUCUAAAUCACCAUUGCCUUGCAGAUGUGAGAUCACUGAGCCUCCCAGGAUCAUACAAGGAGAAAAUCAGGCAUCUGGGAAUCUCACUAAAGAACUUUGUCCGUUUGAAAACCCUGAACCUCUCCUGUAAUGCACUAAUCUCUGUCGAGGGGGUCCAACACUUGAAGAGGCUGGAGAGGCUGAACUUGUACUACAACAGCAUUCCCUCCCUUCAGGAGGUCAAAGUGCUCUGGCAGCUGACUGCUCUGAGAGAGCUGGACCUGAGGCUCAACCCUCUGGCUAAAACAGAUCCACACUACCGCCUGUACUUUGUGCACGCACUGUCCAACCUUCGCAGGCUUGAUGACUGUCCAGUCAGGGACAGUGAGAGAAGAGCUUCAAUCAUGCAUUUCUCCUCAGACUCUGUGCUCGGACCCCAACAGACGAGCUCCUCGGAGACAGACAUCACGGACCAGAGGAGCAGUAAGCUGAGGAUGGCCUCAGUAAAUCGCCUGGCCAAGAAGCUCUCUGUCCUGGAUGUCAACGAUGACAUAGUGUUGAACCUUGUCGCUAAGAGCAACUGGGACCAAAGUGAACCUCUGUUCCUAACUGGCUCUUCCCACAAGGAGCCAGAGUCCCAGCUCUAUCAUCAGAUCAGAGAGGAGUCUUGUCAUUCCCAGUCCAAUGGUCAACGUUUAAGAGAAGGAUCUCGAAGGAAAGGUUCUUCCUCCUCGUUGAAAACGUCAGAGGGGCCGAGGGUAACCUUUAACCCCCGCGUAGAGAAACACAGCGGGACUAGCUCUGGACGGGAGGAGCGAGAGAAACUCCCCAAACACCUGAGAGUCACAGCCAAGGGCCACUUCACCCCUCACCCUGAUAAAGUUGACCAGCAGAAGUCUUCCUUAGUGAAGAUCCGCCCCCCCAGUCCAAGAAGUCCCUGUCCCAGUAGGUCUGAUGCCACCAACCCCAUCCUGCACCCUCCCAGACUCUCCUACCAUAACACCCAGCAGACAGCAGGGGGCUCCACCUCACCACAGAAACAUGCCAAGCAACAGAAGGGAAGCUAUAGGAAACCAAUGGAGAUGCUGCUGAGCCUAGUGAACAAGCACUGGACAGGGGAGAGGCCUCUGCACCAUGACAACAACUUCCUCUCUCAGGCAGUCCAGAUCCUGUCCAUGAUGGAACGAGACGUCUCCGGUGGAGAAGCCGAGGUCAGGACGUUGAGAGGGAACGUUGAAGAGCUGAAGGAGCAGGCAGAGAUACGAGACCAAGACCACAGGACAGAGACCCAUAGACUAACUACACAGCUGGAGGAAGCACACAUGUCUGUUGACAGUUUGAAUGAACAGCUGAGGAUACUAUUGGAGGAUAACGUCUCUCUACAGAAGCAGAUGAUCAGAUUAGAAAAACAAUAUCUCAACUCUAUGAUGAAAAGUUCACCCAACACUGAGAUAUGUGAGAAACAGGCAGAGGUGAAUGAGCUGAGGAAGAAGGUAUCAGAGCUGAGGGAGAAGGUUGAGGAGGGGGAGAGAGUCAAGGAGCUGGCAGGUAUGCUGCAGGAGAACCAUAGGUCACUGGUUGCAACUAAUGAGCAUUUGCUGAGUGAAUUGGAGAGGACUGGGAGAGGGAGGGGCAGCUACACGUCACAACUACAACAACUAGAGAACUGGAGGAGACUAGGAGACGGCUCUGAGGAGCUACACGUCACAACUACAACAACUAGAGAACUGGAGGAGACUAGGAGACGACUCUGAGGAGCUACACGUCACAACUAGAGAACUGGAGGAGACUAGGAGACUGCAGAUAGAGAACUAGGAGAACAUUGCAGAUAGAAAUGUCAUGAAUAGAGCCAAUUCCUUACUCUACAUGAUGUCAGAGAGGAAUGUUUGUUCUACAUUUCUAUCUGAACGUUCCAGAACGUUGUCCUGCUGAACGAGCACCAGCACCAGAUUCUCUUAUUUUAGCUCUAUAUACACUGCUGCCAACAUUUACACUGUUCUUCUGAUGCUCCGGGAUUAAUGUUGAGCAUGAAAACUUGUCUCUAACUCUGAUCUCAUUUUUUACUUCUGUGUAUCGUCAUGGUUUUACUGUGUCCACUAUCCACACCUUUACACUGUUCCUUACUGACUGUAUCCACACCUUUACACUGUUCCUUACUGACUGUAUCCACACUUUUACACUGUUCCUUACUGACUGUAUCCACACCUUUUACACUGUUCCUUACUGACUGUAUCCACACCUUUUACACUGUUCCUUACUGACUGUAUCCACACCUUUACACUGUUCCUUACUGACUGUAUCCACACCUUUACACUGUUCCUUACUGACUGUAUCCACACCUUUACACUGUUCCUUACUGACUGUAUCCACACCUUUACACUGUUCCUUACUGACUGUAUCCACACCUUUACACUGUUCCUUACUGACUGUAUCCACACCUUUACACUGUUCCUUACUGACUGUAUCCACACCUUUACACUGUUCCUUACUGACUGUAUCCACACCUUUACACUGUUCCUUACUGACUGUAUCCACACCUUUUACACUGUUCCUUACUGACUGUAUCCACACCUUUACACUGUUCCUUACUGACUGUAUCCACACCUUUACACUGUUCCUUACUGACUGUAUCCACACCUUUUACACUGUUCCUUACUGACUGUAUCCACACCUUUACACUGUUCCUUACUGACUGUAUCCACACCUUUUACACUGUUCCUUACUGACUGUAUCCACACCUUUUACACUGUUCCUUACUGACUGUAUCCACACCUUUACACUGUUCCUUACUGACUGUAUCCACACCUUUACACUGUUCCUUACUGACUGUAUCCACACCUUUUACACUGUUCCUUACUGACUGUAUCCACACCUUUUACACUGUUCCUUACUGACUGUAUCCACACCUUUACACUGUUCCUUACUGACUGUAUCCACACCUUUACACUGUUCCUUACUGACUGUAUCCACACCUUUUACACUGUUCCUUACUGACUGUAUCCACACCUUUUACACUGUUCCUUACUGACUGUAUCCACACCUUUUACACUGUUCCUUACUGACUGUAUCCACACCUUUUACACUGUUCCUUACUGACUGUAUCCACACCUUUACACUGUUCCUUACUGACUGUAUCCACACCUUUACACUGUUCCUUACUGACUGUAUCCACACCUUUUACACUGUUCCUUACUGACUGUAUCCACACCUUUUACACUGUUCCUUACUGACUGUAUCCACACCUUUUACACUGCACAUUGAAUCUUAAUAUUUAUGACUCUAGACAUGUUUAAAUGAUAAAGUAUUUAUUGUGCUCA